AUGGUGGACGAGCUUCCACCAGUACUGUCUGGAGUUGGCACAACGGACUCGGUACCGCGUGUAAACGAGCACGAGCCUACAAGUCCUUCUGUGGAUUUUGAAGGGCAAGAGAUGCUACUGGAGCCGGGAACCUCCACGAUCAACGAUGAAAGUAAUUCAGCUCUGUUCUGUGGUGCGGGCGACCCUAAAGAAUUACAAGCCGAGCCGAGGGAUUCUAGGGACAGGACGGGAAUAGUAUCGAGACAACUUAUCACUCCGCAACAACAACAACAACUGGGAAUAUCUACCUGCAGUAGAAAGAGUUUGGAGCAAAAGAUAAGUAUUCUAGAGGCAACCAUAGCUACUCAGAAGAAGGAAAUCAUUCUACUACAAAGGCAGCUUCAGUCUAGGUCGACGGGGGCGACUGACCAUCGUCUUGCAAAUGCUCUAAAAGAGAUUGCUGCCCUGAAGGAGGCAUUAAAUCAUGCAAAUGGGAAAGCUGAAAGUGAGCGCGAACCUGCAGCUUUGCAGAUGCAGGCUACGAUUGAGAGGCUCUCCACCGAAAGAAAUGAGUUGAUGAACUGCUUGCGGAAGCAAAACAAACUAAUAGAGGCGUUAAAACGGCAAAAAGUACACCUGGAAUCGGCUACACUCCUCAAUAUAAUGGAAAAAGAGAUUGAAAAAUACUUUGAAUUAGCUCGAUGA